AUGCGUAAACCUACUCAAGCGGUUCUUGAGUCGCGUCGGUCGUGUACGAACUAUUCACUGCGACAACAGCACCGCGUUCGUGGGCGCGAAUCGCGGGAGAUGCGAGUAGAGCUGAAGCAACAGCUCCAAUCAGCAGCCGUGCAAUCCGUUUUGCUGCAACGAGGCGUCCAAUUCCAAUUCAUACCACCCCGAGCAGCACAUUUCGGUGGUCUUUGGGAGGCCGCGGUCAAGGCCUUCAAACAUCACUUUUAUCGCAUCAUGGGACAAACGAUCUACGUUUUCGAUGACUUCCGUACCGCUGUUGCACAAAUCGAAAGCAUAUUAAAUUCCCGUCCCCUUGUUCCCAUGUCCAAUCAUCCUGAAGACCUCAAUGCCCUGACUCCUGGCCACUUUCUGGUGGGCGAGUCCCAAUUCUCACUGCCGGAGCCGGAUCACAGCAGCACUCCAACUAAUCGAUUGAAACACUUCCAGGUCAUGCAAAAAUCGGUCCAAGAUCUUUGGAAGCGGUGGUCAAGGGACUACAUUGGGUUGCUUCACAACAGGCCGUCUAGAUGGCGAUCAACUCCAGACAAAAUAGAAACCGGUACUAUGGUUCUGCUUAAACGUGACAACGUUCCUCCUUUGCUGUGGCCGUUAGGACGAGUCGACGAAGUUUUCCCUGGAAAAGAUGGCAUUGUGCGGGUAGUCAAUGUCAGGACAGCUGCAGGUAUCUUCCAGCGAGCUACAACCGAGCUGUGUAUACUGCCCAUUGAAAAGGAUGACGUAGAAGCAAAGGACGAGACUGACGACAAUGAAUAG